UCCUCUUCUCCUUCCUCCGUCUUUCUCUUUUUCCCUCCUUUUUCCUUUCGACCUCCCUCCUCCUCCUCAAUGGAAUUCACAGAGAAGCCGGCAAUGUUGCCACCGACAAACUUCUCGUACUCUCCAUCUUCCUCUUCCUCUCCACCUCAUCAGUCUUCUCUGAUCAGUUUCCCCUCUCCGUCCAAAUCCUCACCAACUCUCCCUCCUGCGCCGCCGUCCUCACCCCCUCCUCCGGUGGUUCUCAGUCCGUGUGCCGCCUGCAAGAUUCUUCGCCGACGAUGUGUGGACAAAUGCGUGUUGGCUCCUUACUUUCCGCCGACUGAACCCUAUAAGUUCACCAUUGCUCACAGAGUCUUUGGAGCCAGCAAUAUCAUUAAGUUCUUGCAGGAAAUUCCAGAAUGUCAGAGAACAGAUGCUGUAAGCAGUAUGGUGUACGAAGCGAGUGCGAGAAUUAGAGACCCGGUUUAUGGAUGUGCGGGCGCAAUUUGUCAACUUCAAAAGCAAGUGAGCGAGCUACAAGGUCAAUUGGCAAAAGCACAAGCUGAGCUUGUGACAAUGCAAUGUCAACAAGCCAAUUUGGUAGCCCUGAUUUGCAUGGAAAUGAGAUCACAGUCCCAAGAGCCCAUCUUCCAGCAACAGCAACAGUCUACUUAUAUUGACACUACCUGCUUCUUAGAUGAUGCUACUCUUGGCUCCACUUGGGAACCACUUUGGACAUGAAUAAGAA